AUGGGAGCAGCUUAUGCAGCUCCACUUGGCACCUCUGCUGAGGUCUAUGAGCAGAGUCCAUGCCACCACCAACAGCUCCAGCAGCAACACCAGAUACCUUCACAGCCGUAUGACAAGACCACUAACACAGGAUCCACGGGCAGAGGAGCAGAAUUCUCGACAUGUCUGAGCACUUGUGCCUCAGGAGGCUCACUAGUUUGCCUCACUGCAGCUCUUCAGAUUCUCCGAGUAGGACCACCAGGGUUUAUUAAAGCCGAGAGCCAAACGGGGACGGCGUGGAAGGAUCGGCGGAACGGCAGAUCCCUCUUACCAGAGGCCACUGAACCUCAGCGAUUAAUCCACAGUGUUCACUCAGGAAAGGAAAUGAGGCACGGCCAGCUGAGUACUCGAAUCCGGAACAACAGCACUGGUUCUCGUCUUAUUCAUCUUGCGCAAGCAAGCUUCCUGAUAGAAGCAUUUGGUUCAUCCUUCAUUUUGGACCUAGACUUGAACCAUGAUUUGCUGUCGGCACGUUACAUUGAAAGACACUUCAGUGAGGAAGGAAAGACUACACAGACUUUGGGCAGUGAACAUUGUUAUUAUCAUGGAAAAAUCAGAGGAAAUUCCAACUCAUUUGUGGCCAUGUCGACAUGCCAUGGACUGAACGGUGUGUUUAAUGACGGGAACUUCACUUACAUCAUUGAAGUAAUGGGCAGCGAGAUCGAUCAGCAUGAACAACAACCUCAUAUUGCAUACAGAUCUCCUGGUCUUGAUAUCCCUGUGGGAUGUACAUCAUCUGGGUGCUUUACUGAUGACAACAUACAACAGAACUCUCCUGAAAAAGUAUUAAGGGCACGAACCAAACGACAGGUACGUCGAGGCCCUCACACUGUUCUGAGAGAAACCAAGUACAUCGAGCUGAUGGUGGUCAAUGACUACACUCUGUUUAAAAAGCAACGCUGUUCUGCCAUCCUUACAAGCAACUUUGCUAAAUCAGUUGUGAAUCUCGCUGAUGCUAUUUAUAAGGAACAAUUGAAUACGCGGAUUGUGCUGGUUGGUAUGGAAACGUGGGCAUCUGGAGACAAAAUUGAUAUCAAUGAAAAUCCACUGGUGACACUGAGAGAUUUCAUGAAGUACAGAAGAAACUCUGUCAAAGAGCACAGUGAUGCCUUUCACAUGCUUUCAGGCCGCACAUUUGAGUAUAGUCACAGUGCAACAGCCUACAUUGGUGGAAUCUGCUCUUUAUCUAAAGGAGGCGGGGUUAAUGAGUAUGGAAAUAUUGGUGCAAUGGCUGUCACACUGGCUCAGAGCUUGGGCCAAAACCUUGGAAUGAUGUGGAAUAAACAGCGUGCAGGAGCUGGUGAGUGUUGGUGUCCUGAUGCCUGGUCUGGUUGUAUAAUGGAGGAUAUGGGAUAUUAUCUUCCUCAAAAAUUUUCAAGAUGCAGCAUUAAUGAAUAUAAACAGUUUCUACAGGCUGGUGGUGGCAUCUGCCUUUUCAAUAAGCCUCACAAGCUGGUUGAUCCUCAAGAAUGUGGAAAUGGAUAUGUGGAAAUGGGAGAAGAGUGUGAUUGUGGUACUGCAGCUGAAUGCGACAAAGUUGGUGGUAAGUGCUGCAAGAAGUGUACUCUAACCCACAAUGCGAUGUGCAGUGAUGGACUAUGCUGUCGAGGUUGUCAGUAUGAACCGCGGGGUGUGAUUUGCAGGCAGGCAGUGAAUGACUGUGAUAUCGCAGAGACCUGCACAGGAGACUCCAGCCAGUGCCCUUGGAAUGUUCAUAAACUGGAUGGCUACUAUUGCGAGAAUGAGCAGGGCCAUUGUUAUGGUGGAAGAUGCCAAACCAGAGACAGACAGUGCAAUUAUAUCUGGGGCCGUGAUUCUGCUGAUCGAUUCUGUUAUGAAAAGUUGAACAUUGAAGGAACUGAGAAAGGAAAUUGUGGCAAAGAUGGCCAAAACUGGCUUCAGUGCAGCAAACAGGAUGUUCUUUGUGGUUAUCUUUUUUGUUCCAAUAUCACUCAGCCUCCAAGACGUGGGGACCUCAAUGGAGACAUUACCAGCAUGGUAUUGUAUCAUCAGAACAAGUACAUGGAUUGCAGGGGAGGCCAUGUUGUGCUGGAUGACGGUACUAGUCUUGGUUAUGUGGAAGACGGCACUUCCUGUGGACCCAACAUGAUGUGUCUUGAUCACAAAUGCCUACCAAUACAAGCCUUCAACCUGAGCUCCUGCCCACAGAGCACAAGCGGAGAAGUCUGCUUUAACCAUGGGGUGUGCAGCAAUGAGGUGAAAUGUAUAUGUGUCCGUGACUGGACAGGGAAGGACUGCAGCGUCUUUGAUCCAUAUCCAGAGCCAACUCCAGCAGGGAGUACAGAUGGACAGUACAAGGGUCCUAGUGGUACCAAUAUCAUUAUAGGGUCCAUCGCAGGCGCCAUCCUGGUGGCUGCCAUUGUCCUAGGGGGGACUGGAUGGGGAUUUAAGUAA